AUGUCGGAAAUGUCGGCGAUGAAUAGAAAAAUUAUUCAAAAUCUUGCAGAGGUUUUUUCAAGGCAUAUCAAACACUUUAAUAAAACAGAGAUUGAGCGUCUGAUACGACUGUACAAUGGCCUCCUGGGAGAUCAGACUGAUCGGCGAGCAGGGAAUGGCCUGGACCGUGGAAAGUUCAGGAACAUACUGCAUAAGACGUUUGGUAUGACAGACGAUAUGAUCAUGGACAGAGUCUUCCAUGCAUUCGACAAGGACAACGACAGCUACGUCAGUGUGAAGGAGUGGAUAGAGGGUUUGUCAGUGUUUCUGCGUGGGACAUUAGAUGAAAAAAUUAAGUACUGCUUUGACGUUUAUGACUUGAAUGGGGAUGGACAUAUCUCUCGGGAAGAGAUGUUCCACAUGCUGAAAAACAGCCUCAUCAGGCAGCCAACAGAGGAAGACCCAGACGAAGGGAUCAAAGACUUAGUGGAGAUCGCUCUGAAGAAAAUGGAUCAUGACCAUGAUGGACGACUGUCUUACACAGACUUUGAGAAGGCAGUAAGGGAUGAAAACCUUCUACUUGAAGCUUUUGGGACUUGCCUUCCUGAUGCAAAGGUAAAUAUAUCCAACGGAGAUUUCAUCAGCUUUAUGAAGCUGUUUCAAUUGACCUCGUAAAGUGCACGAAUGAGACAUGUUAUCUUCCCUAUUCUAUUGCAGAGCAUACUGGCAUUUGAACAGCAAGCAUUCCAGGACCCUCUUGAUGCUUAA